AUGGUUCACUCAUCAGUUCUCGGCUUCCCCCGCAUGGGUGCGGACCGUGAGCUCAAGAAGGCCAACGAGGCCUACUGGGCUGGCAAGCUCUCACAGGAAGACCUCGUCAAGGAGGCCAGCCGUCUUAGGCAAGAACACUGGAAGAUCCAGAAGGAUGCCGGUGUCGACAUCAUCCCCAGCAACGACUUCGCUUUCUACGACCACCUUCUCGACCACAUCCAGCUGUUCAACGCUAUCCCAGAGCGUUACUCCAGCGCCAAGCUGUCUGCUCUCGAUGAGUACUUUGCCAUGGGCCGUGGCCACCAGAAGGAUGGCGUCGACGUUCCCAGUCUGGAAAUGGUCAAGUGGUUCGACUCCAACUACCACUACGUGAAGCCCACCUUCCAGGAUGGCCAGACCUUCAAGCUCGCUUCCGACCCCAAGCCCGUGCGCGAGUUCAAGGAGGCCAAGGAGGCUGGCAUCACCACCCGUCCUGUCCUCGUCGGUCCCGUCUCCUUCCUUGCUCUUGGUAAGGCCGACCGCAACCAGUCCGUCGACCCCAUCUCUCUGCUCGAGAAGCUCCUGCCCCUUUACGUCGAGCUCCUUCAGCAGCUGAAGGAGGCUGGUGCCGAGUACGUCCAGAUCGAUGAGCCUGUCCUCGUCUACGACCUCGAGCAGAAGGUCAAGGAUGCAUUCAAGCCUGCCUACGAGAAGCUCACCGGCAGCGGUCUGCCCAAGCUUGUCCUUGCCACAUACUUUGGUGACAUUGUCCACAACCUUGACGUCUUCCCAAGCAUCCAGAACGUUGCUGCCGUCCACAUCGACCUCGUCAGGAACCCCGAGCAGCUCGACACUGUCGUCAGCAAGCUUGGCUCCAACCAGGCCCUCUCCGUCGGUGUUGUCGAUGGUCGCAACAUCUGGAAGACCAACUUCAAGAACGCCAUUGAAAUUGUUGAGUCGGCUGUUCAGAAGCUCGGCAAGGACCGUGUCCUCGUCGCCACUUCCAGCUCUCUCCUCCAUACUCCUCAUUCUCUCGACAGCGAGAAGAAGCUCGACGAUGAGGUUCGCGACUGGUUCUCCUUCGCUGUCCAAAAGGUCGCCGAGGUUGUUGUCAUCACCAAGGCCGUCAACGACGGCCCUGCUUCCGUCCGUGAAGCUCUCGAGGCCAACGCCAAGUCUAUGCAGGCUCGCGCCACAUCCAAGCGCACAAAUGUUCAGGCUGUCAAGGAUCGCCAGGCUAGCGUCACACCUGAGCAGCACGAGCGCAAAUCCGAGUUUCCUUCGCGUUACGCUCAGCAGAAGGAGCAUCUCCAUCUGCCUCUCUUCCCCACCACCACUAUUGGUUCCUUCCCCCAAACUAAGGAGAUCCGUAUCCAGCGUAAUAAGUUCACCAAGGGUGAGAUCACUGCUAAGGAGUACGAGAGGUUCAUUGAGAAGGAGAUCGAGGAGACCAUUAAGAUUCAAGAUGAGCUCGACCUCGACGUCUACGUCCACGGCGAGCCUGAGCGCAACGACAUGGUUCAGUACUUCGGUGAGCGUCUCGACGGUUAUGCCUUCACUACCAAGGGUUGGGUUCAGUCCUACGGCUCCCGCUGCGUCCGUCCCCCGAUCAUUGUCGGUGACAUCUCCCGCCCCGCCCCUAUGACUGUCAAGGAGUCAAAGUACGCUGCUUCCGUGUCCAAGAAGCCUAUGAAGGGUAUGCUCACAGGCCCUAUCACCUGCUUGCGAUGGUCGUUCCCCCGUGACGAUGUCCACCAGUCAGUUCAGGCUCAGCAGCUUGCUCUCGCUCUUCGCGACGAGGUCGUUGACCUCGAAUCUGCUGGCAUCUACGUCAUCCAGGUUGACGAGCCCGCCCUCCGUGAGGGACUCCCUCUCCGCAAGGGUACCGAGCGCGAGAAGUACCUGGCCUGGGCUGUCGACUCCUUCAAGCUUGCUUGCGCUGGUGUCAAGGACUCCACUCAGAUUCAUUCUCACUUCUGUUACUCUGAGUUCCAGGACUUCUUCCACGCCAUUGCUGCUCUCGACGCCGAUGUUCUCUCCAUCGAGAACAGCAAGAGCGACGCCAAGCUCCUCAAGGUCUUCGAGGACAAGGAGUACCCCCGCCACAUCGGCCCUGGUGUCUACGACAUCCACUCUCCUCGUGUUCCUUCUGAACAGGAGAUCAAGGACCGUGUCGCUGACAUGCUGAAGUACCUGAAGCCCGAGCAGCUCUGGAUCAACCCUGACUGCGGUCUGAAGACCCGCCAGUGGAAGGAGACCAAGGCUGCUCUGGUUAACAUGGUCAACGCAGCCAAGUACAACCGCGAGAAGUACUCUUCUUAA